CGCGAACAUGAACGGUGCGUUCCUUGGCUGUGAUUGGUCAGGUUUUAGGCCAGAGGAGUUCGAUUGGUUAAAGUAAUAUCAGUGGACCAGAUCGGUGUAUCGUCAUGAAACACAGACCGUCACCGUACGAAGUCGACUUCAGCAGCGUUACCACCCACCUCCCCUCCCCAGGCUCCCCUCCCAAGGUCGUGCGUCGCAUCUUCACCAACAGCCGUGAGCGCUGGCGGCAGCAGAACGUGAACGGGGCGUUCAGCGAGCUGCGGAGGCUGCUGCCCACCCACCCACCCGACAGGAAGCUCAGCAAGAACGAGAUCCUGCGGCUGGCCGUCAGGUACAUCAACUUCUUGGACAAGCUACUGGGCGACCAGGAUGGGCCAGAGGGCGGGGCCUUCACGGGGCAGGAGGGCGGGGCCUGCACGGGACAGGGGGGCGGGGCCUACGGGCAGCAGAGCCCUCCGGAGACGCUGUCGCCCAGCUCCAGCUCCAGCUGUGGGAGCCUGCUGGACGGGGAGCAGAGCCCCGACAGCUGGACUGACUUCCAGGUGUCCUAUGGAGAGCCUGGACGACUGCAGCGCCCCCACCUGGCAGCACACACAGCGAGCUACAGCUGA